CAUAACGCAACUUUUUAUUUUAUAUAAUGGUCGCUGGAGCAGUUGUUGAAAAUAAAAAGCGUAAGCGCUCUCACGCUGACAAGAGAGGCAACAAGAAGAAGCAAGAUGUUGCCAAGGAAGAAGCCAAGCCUGUUGCCGAAGCCAAGCCUAUUGCUGAAGUCGAACCUGUCGAAGAGGCACCUGUUGAACAAGCCGAAGCAACCUUGAAUCUCGAUUUCGAAAGCCUCGAUUGUAGCGAAGGAACAAAAAAGGCCAUUAAAGAUAUGGGCUUCACUCAAAUGACCGAAGUUCAAGCCAAGACCAUUCCUCCUCUCUUGGAAGGCCGUGAUGUUUUAGGUGCUGCCAAAACUGGAUCAGGAAAGACAGUUGCAUUCAUGAUUCCUGCCAUUGAAUUAUUACUUCGUAAGAACUUUAAACCUAGAAACGGUACCGGUGUUAUUAUUGUUUCCCCUACCCGUGAAUUAGCCAUCCAAAUUUACGGUGUUGCCGAAGAAUUAUGUAAAUAUCAUCAACUCACUCAUGGUUUAGUUAUUGGUGGUUCCAACAGAAAGGCUGAGACCGAGAAGUUGGUCAAGGGUGUCAACUUGUUGGUUGCCACACCUGGUAGACUUUUGGAUCAUUUACAGAACUCUCAAGGUUUUGUCUUCAAGAACUUACAAUCUCUUGUCAUUGAUGAAGCUGAUCGUAUUUUGGAAAUUGGUUUUGAGGAAGAGAUGAAACAAAUUGUCAAGAUUUUACCCAACGAGCGUCAAAGUAUGCUCUUUUCGGCCACACAAACUACCAAAGUGUCAGACCUUGCACGUAUUUCACUCAAGUCUGGACCACUUUAUAUUAAUGUCGAUGAGAAGAAGGAAAGCUCAACAGCUGACGGAUUAGAACAAGGAUUUGUUGUUGUCGAGGCCGAUAAGCGUUUCUUAUUAUUAUUCACAUUUUUACGCAAGAACCAAAAGAAGAAGGUGAUUGUGUUCUUCUCAAACUGUAACGCUGUUAAAUUCUACGCCGAACUUUUAAAUUAUAUCGAUGUCCCAGUCAUGGAGUUACAUGGCCGUCAAAAGCAACAAAAGCGUACAUCUACCUUCUUUGAAUUUUCCGAAGCUUCAAAGGGUAUCUUGUUAUGUACUGAUGUUGCUGCUAGAGGCUUGGAUAUUCCUGCUGUUGAUUGGAUUGUUCAAUUUGAUCCCCCAGAUGAUCCUCGUGAUUACAUUCAUCGUGUAGGUAGAACUGCUCGUGCUGGUGGUAAGGGUAAGAGUUUACUUUUCUUACUGCCUAGCGAAAUUGGUUUCUUAAAAUACUUGAAGGAUGCCAAGGUUCCUUUGAACGAAUACCAAUUCCCCAACAGUAAGAUUACUAAUGUGCAAAGCCAGCUUGAAAAGUUGAUCGAGAAGAACUUCUAUCUUAACCAAUCUGCUCGUGAUGCCUUCAGAUCAUACUUACAAGCCUAUGCCACAUAUCACCACAAGAAAAUCUUUGAUGUCGACAACCUUGAUCUUGCUAAGGUCGCUAAAUCAUUUGGUUUUGCCGUUCCCCCCAAGGUCAACUUGGCCAUCACUAGUUCUAAAUAAUUUGCAUCUCUUUUCUUUUUUUUUCCCCUAUAUUUUCCAUAUUAAAAAACCAUAUAUUAG